AUGUCAUAUCUAAAAGAAGUGUAUCUAUACUUACUACUUGUACAGAGUUUACUGUAUGUGAAUGCUCGAUUCGAUGUAUUGAAACGUGAGCCUGGUUUUGUGUAUCGCAAGGGAAGUAAUUCUGCUAUUAAAAUGGAAGUUUUCAUUGACUUAAUGUGUUAUGAAAGUCAGGUGGUGUUUCCAGAACUAAUUAAGGUGGCUAAUGAAUAUGGACCUGAAGAUCUGGAAUUGAAAAUUCAUCUCUUUCCCUUGCCGUAUUUCCGAAAUGCUCAUAAAUCAGCAAAGGGAGCCUUUAUAAUAGAUGAACUGACAAAUGGAAGUCGAACAAAUGAAUGGCUAGAACUGAUCUUCCAAAACAUUGCAGAUUUCACCAAUUCUGCUACGAACAGUUUAACAGAGACUCAAGUGAUCGGACGAUUCGCCGAUGUUGCUGAACAACUGGGAAUAAGUAGAUCUGUGUUCCAUAUUCAAAUGGCAUCAAAUGUUAGAGCGGAGAAGAGUGCAAGAAUGGUCCAUCGAUAUGGUAGUUCAAGAGCAGUUUUAUCAGUGCCAGCAUUUUACAUUAAUGGUUUCCAUGUUCCUGCCACGCGCAGUUGGAAGGCAGACGACUUUAAGAAAGAGAUUGAUAGAAUUUUGAGGUAGUUAUAUAGAAUUAACACGAUGAUGAAAAAACAGAAACAAUCAACUUAUAUUAUUGGGUCAACUCAAAUAAACUGCUACAAUCAACUUAAAGUAAAACUUCUUCAAUCAACUUCCAAUAUUCAGUCUAUUGAAAUAAAACUGCUACAAUC